CACAGCAAACCCACAAGACCAAUACCCACCAUCCAAGCAACGAAAACCCAGCACACACACACCUCAACCCACUCAAACGCAAAACCCCCCACAAUGCCACCCCAAAACUUCCUAGACACACACAUCCACCUCUGGCCCUCAACAGCCACCUCCCCCCGUGACCACGCAUGGAUGACCCCAAACCACUUCCUCGCCGCCCGCCACGGAAUCACAGACUACGAGGCUGUCGCCACGCCCCCGCCAUCAGGAUUCAUCUACGUAGAGACAGACCGAUAUCUGCCUGCGCUGCCCGCUGAGCUCAGCAGCAGCAGCCACUCCCUCUCGCAAAGCAGUGAGGCGGCGCUGGAAUCCUGGGCCGCACAACCCCUCGAGGAGCUCCGAUUCCUGCGCCGCAUCGCGGAGAAUGCACCAGCCGAGGGCGACGGGUUUAGUAGCCACACAGAGUCUGCGCGGAUGAAGGGCGCUGUUGUGUGGGCGCCGUUAUGCCUUUCUACUGCGCUGUUCGAGCUUUAUCUACGGAUUGCGGAGCGGGUUGCGGGACCGGUGUUGUGGGCGCGUAUUGUGGGGUUCCGGUUCUUGCUUCAGGGGAAGGGGGAGGGGGAGGUUGCCAGGCUGACUGGGAGUGCGGAGUGGGUUUCUAAUAUGGUGUUGCUGGGGAGGGGGAGGGGAGGGAAGGGGUGGGCGUUUGAUGUUGGGGUUGAUGUGCAUCGGGAUGGGGUGGGGGUUUUGGGGGAGGUGGCGGGUAUGAUUGAGCGGGUUAGGGAGGCUGAGGCUAAGAAGGAGGGGGGUGGGGAGGCGAGGGUGAGGUUUGUGUUGAACCACCUCUGCAAACCAGACCUCUCCCCCGCUUCCCCAACCCCAACCCCACAAUACCUAACAGCACUCACCCGCCUCGCCCCCGACCCAAACAUCUACAUCAAGCUCUCCGGCCCUUUUAACGAGUUCACUCCCUCUCCCACACCAUCCACCGUUCCCGCACUGCUCGACGCACUCCGCCCAACGCUCGACGUCGUCGUAAACCUCUUCCCCGGCCGCAUCAUGUUCGGGUCUGACUGGCCUGUGUGCAACGUCGGGGGGCCGAAGGGCGAGGCGGGGAACUGGGCGUUUUGGGUUGAGGCUGUG